AAUCAGGGCGCAUGAUUUGUGCAUCCCCCUGGUCGAAGAUCACCACACCCUCGUGUUCUACCAUCCCCCAAAACCCCUCAUCAAAGUCUGCGACUUGAGGCAACUCUUUCUUUGCGGCUUUCCUACUGUUAACCCGGCCAAUGUCUUAUCCAUGGGCGAAGAAGUCAACCCCCCCACCUCGGACCAUAGUGUAGCUGCUGUAUCACGAUCCAGCACCUCUACGACUGCAGUGUGGAAGAGCGUCCCGCAGUUCGAAAAAUGCGACCAGCUCUGCGACGAACUGGAAUAUUCUCUUCAGGAAUCGGAGAAACCAUACAGCCUGUAUAGCCAUGGCCCCAGACAAACUCUCCCGGAUGCGCCGCGAAUACCGCUCAACUCAUGUCUCCUGGUUUCGUACUGCCUAGAAGACCUUGAAACGCUAGGACUAGACAAGCUUGGAAAACGGCUUUGGCUUGUGGGUCCGCGCCCGAACCUGCGCUCUCUCACUGAACAAUUGACCAUUGGUCGACAAAUAAUCCUCACCGAGAAUCCUAACAACCAUCUGAUAUGGGAUGAAGAUCUUUUGUACCUAAAACCGCUACCAGCCUAUCUCUGUUCCUAUGCCUUCUGGGAGUACUUACUUGAUCCAUUCAACGAAGCUAUCAAUCAAGACGAGCGAGAUAGGUUGAGAGCAACCUCACUAGGCUUUUUAAGGACCUAUGCAUCUCUCAUACGUCGGCGUUCGGACUUCAUGAUUGCACUGAAACAUGGUCUUCUCUCCUCCUUCCCCAGCAUUACGUUCGAGGACUUCACGAAGUUCAUCAUGGCCUUCGAAGGACUCCCAGAGAGUGCAGUGAGCAUGCGCUAUCGGCUCGGCGAGCUACCUCUGAGCCCGCUCAAUUUUUACAGCGCACUCUUCCUUCACCGCUGGCAUCUACACCGUUAUGAACACCGAUAUUCUGCUUACUUCAGCCGGUACUUUCCUGUUAUACUGUUUUUGUUUGCCGGUUUUAGUGUAGUAUUGAGCGCAAUGCAGGUCAUUCUUGGUGCCAAAUCGUUGUGGGAGACGGAGAACAAGGGCUUGAAGAAGACGCUAGGACUGUUCGUUUGGUUUGGGACGGAGGCUAUUGGGUGGAGCAUUGCUUUCGGCAUCCUGCUAGUGAUUUGGUGGAUAUGUAUUUCGACAACGGAUGAGUUGAAGAAAAGGAGGAUGAAGAAGCAGUGGAAGAAGAAGCAAGCCGAAGAAGUGGCUAUGGAGGCAUAAAUGAAAGGUUUUAUUUGACAGCAUGACAGUGUUAACC